UGAAAAUGUUACCUUGUGAUAUGGCUAAUCUUUCUCAGCAUGACCCAGAAUAAUGCAUCGAGAUAAUGUAAUGGAGGUACCCCUAUUCCUGCUGAUACUUGUAACAACUUUCAUUGUUGUUGGAAAAGCGGUGCAUCCAGGUUGCGAGUGUCUCGUAUUUUCUACGCUGUAUGGCAAGGAAAAGGGAACGUUCAAGAGUCCUGACUUUCCUAAGCCGUAUUCUCCGAAUAUUGACUGCCUGCUCUACACCUUCAUCGGGAACUCUGAUGAGAUUAUCGAGCUCACUCUCACGGACUUUGAUGUACAGAAGACUAAAUUCGGAUGCAUCCACGGUGAUUACGUGAAAGUUUUCAUGCACUUGGAGAGCGCCGGUGUGAACGAAUACACCCCCUGGGAGACACUUUUGUGUGGAAGACUCGCAGAUAUUCCCACCGUGUUGUAUUCUUCUGGUCCCGGACUGGUACUGGAAUUCCACUCCGGUUCACAAACGGCCAAUUCUACCGGCUUUUCCGGCACUUUCAGAUUUAUUGAUAGAAAAAAAUUUCGAACAGAUGGAUUGAAGCUACCCAGUACCAUGUGUGAUUACCAGUUCCUCAGUUCUGAACAUUCACCGCUCUAUGGAAAAUUCUACUCACCGAGGUUUCCAUCCAGCUAUCCAAAAAACAUCAGAUGUACAUACAGAUUCAGAGCCAGAUAUAAAGAGCGGAUCCGGGUUGUUUUCGAGGAGGUGGCUCUGCAGAAAGGGGAUAUCAGCUGUUUGGAUAGAGCCGACAUAAUCCGAGUGUACGAUGGAAAGACGGCCGCCGAUCAAUCCAUAACGGUGCUGUGCAACGAAGGAAACGAAAUUGAAAUUCUUUCGACAGGAUCUGACCUCUUCAUCGAAUUCGUUGCGAAUUCUGAUUGGCCUGGCCAAGGGUUCAAAGCAAGAUUCCAGUUCCAGCCUAGCGACGAUAAUUCAAUAGAUUCACAUAGUUAUAACCGACUUAGAACAUAUUCCUCACCGACUGAAACUGAACCAAAUGUCAGCGAGACAAGGUCAAGUUGUGAUAUCAUAAUAAGUAGCGAUACGAAUAGGAAUGGAACAAUCAUGAGUCCGUCUUAUCCUUCACCAUAUCCACCGAAAACGACAUGCAGAUACGAAUUCCAAGGAAGAGGAAAGGAGCGAGUUCGAAUCGUCUUCCAGGAUUUCAAUCUGUACCACACGUCAGAAGUGACAAAAAAUUGUGAAAACAUGGAUUCCCUAAAUGCUUUCAUCAACAUUGACGGCAGGAUGGAGAAAAUCGACAAUUUUUGUGGUAACGUUCUACCGAAGCCCAUCAUGUCGAAUGGGCCCAGACUGAAACUUGAAUUUCAGAGUUUAGUUGCUUCGAGGUACUCAAGAGGAUUUAAAGCAACGUACUCUUUUAUCGAAAAUUUUGGUAUAACGACUGGUACCCAGUUACAGACUUACCCCUGUGCCUUCGUAUUUAAUAGUAACGAAUCCAGAAGUGGAUAUUUCCAUAGUCCAAACUACCCUGGACUAUAUCCCAGAGAUACCGAAUGCCAUUACUUCCUUUAUGGAAAUGCAUCGGAAAAAAUACAUCUGCACUUCGAAUACUUCGAUGUGGAAGGAGUUUUGCCAUGUGAGGCAGUAUCGGCUAGUGACUAUGUAGAAUUCUCAAACUACUUGACAAGGGACCGAAAAUAUUCGAGAUAUUGCGGACAACUGAAGGAAUUCGACAUCGAAUCUGACCGCAAAUUCUUCAGGGUGACUUUCAGGUCCAAUGAUAGGCUGGACGGAACUGGAUUCAACGCGACAUAUCACUUCUUAGACGAAGUGGAGUCCUUGGCGAAGAAGCCAAGCGAUAAAUCGGACUCACCGAAUCGAAAAGACGGUUUGAGGUUGCUGCUCCUUCUCUUCAUCUUUCUACUGACCAAACUGGGAACAUAAUCACAUGAAGCAGGGAGUUUCUGAAGCAAUAAUCAAUUUAUCUAAAAGUGUUUAACACUCAAGUGAUUUUUAAAUAAAAGUUAUUCGAGAAACAAUAAAUGAAGUGUACAUGAAUGGAUGUUUUUCCAUGAUGAGUGGUAUUUUAUGUUGAACUGUAGAACUGUUCACAAUUAUGUUGAUAUUAUAGUAUUUUAUAUAA